CCGGUGGUAUGUUCCUCAGACAUGACAUGCUAAGACAGCAUGGACAUGGGAGCCGCCCAAGACAAGCAUUGCGACACUGCAAUCAAGCUUCGUAAGCUCGGCGCCUAAUGUAGGAUGGUUUUGAGAGGUGACGAGGCGGGCCUCGUCAUCCAAGCAGGGUAAGACAAGCCGCGGAUCCUUCAUAGAGGCGCGUGUGCGGCAUCAUGUCGCGACGACACAAUCAGCGCUCUUGCCCACUUUUCCUGUAAUCUAUUGUUGUUCUGUUCUUCAUCGGGCACUCUGUUAUAUUGCACUGCAAUCGCUUCCCAACUUCCCAGCACAGCAUUAUCGAUACCGACACCACAUGCACCGGCACCCACAAGCACGACCAACACAACGCAAGCACUUGGAUCGCUCGGCGUCAUGCAGCUCCCCCUCGAGCUUCUGCUCAUGGCAUGCAGUGCCAUCGCUGCACCUCUCACACCUCGCUCUGCCACCCUCCUACACCUCCAGGGGUUGACAGCGCUCUCACGUGACCUCUCCACCACCGAUAUCCGUUUCCCCGAGAAAUACUUUCACGAAUCCAUCAACCACCCUCACUACGAUGGCCGCUUCGCUGACUCUGUGCUUCCGCGCAAAACCCGCCUCUUCCACAUGCGCCUCCUCCUGCGCUCGUACAUGGCAACCAUGGAGCGCGCAGGCGUGCGGACAUGGGUCAUGCACGGCAGUUUGCUCGGGUGGUGGUGGAAUCAGGGCAUAUUUCCAUGGGACAGCGAUUUGGACUUUUGUGUCGAGGAGACAGGGAUAGCGGAAUUGGGGGCGUGGUGGAAUAUGACCGUCCACUCCUUCUCCGCGGCGGAUCUAGGCCUCGAAGAUCCGUCGAAAGCAGAUACCUACGUCUGGGAUCGCCGGAGAAGAAGUAAAAACAGAGGGCAAGAAGAGGAGGUGGAAGUAAUGCGGGAGCCCGAGGGUCUGAAAUCCGGUGUCUGGGAAACAGUGAUGGAGGAGGGGAAGAAGUACCUCUUGGAGGUAAAUCCACACUACACCGACAUCUCCACCUCGGAUACCCACAACGUCAUUGACGCCCGCUGGAUCGAUACCCACACGGGGCUGUUCAUCGACAUCACAACCGUGCACCCCGUCCCGUCCUCCGCGUCCGCGAAGAGCCAAGAGAAGCACCAGAUCUUCCUCGGCCAGGACGAAGGCAGGGAAGAACGAGGGAGUGAGAGGGCUAGAGAGAUGUUCACAAAGGACACGCAUCUGUAUACGACGUCGAGCCUGUUCCCGCUGCGCGAGUCGACACUCGAAGGGACGCGCGUGUUCGUGCCGUAUGCGUACGAGCAGUUGCUGCUAGAAGAAUACGGACCGCAGGCGCUUACAGACACCUGGUUCAAUAGCCAUAUGUUUGAAAAGGAGAGGAAGGAGUGGACUGUCGCGCUAGAUGCUGCGGGUAGCAAUGACAAGGGUAGAGGGGAUCGAGAGGACGCUGCGGGGAGAUUCAAGAAAGGGGGGAAGAAGCCUAAGUGGAAGUCCCCGAAGGGGGAAGACGGAGUCAAAGUGGAGGACAAUGUCGACAAGACUGGAGAGAAGGCGUAUACGCCAGUGCCUGGGAGCGGGUGAUUUGAUCUCGAAACUUUGUGUCUCACUCCAGCCCGCGAGGCGAAUGCAAUGCGCAAUGAUAGACCUGAUACCAAC